AUGAGCAGUUUGUUGGCAGUCAUGCUGGUCACCCAGGCCGACCAGUCCUCCCCUUCUCUUGCUUUUGCAUGGCCUCCCCGACCCCAACCGACGCCGAGACUAGAUCGACCGGUUUACAAGCAAGAACAAUCCCGGAUCUGUGGAAGCGAUCCGAGCCUCUACUCGGGCAAGAAACACGCCCAUGGGACUCACUCCGCCGAUGAUCGCGAUCAUCAUGGGAAUCGCUUCGUCCGGGCCUUCCAAGAAUCCGAUCUCUGGGACGGCCAUUAUGGCGAGAGCUCCUCAGACGAAACCUCAUCCAGAGCCUUCAAGCAACCCACCUCCAGAAGGGUCCUCAGCUCCAGCUCGGCAGGCCUACCCAUACCUAGCAGACAUGAACCCAGCGACUUCGAUGACGAGGACGAAAACCCACUGUUCCCUGGCCUGCUUUACGAUAGCCACCAUUCUGACUCGGUCAGACUCAGUGCCAAAAAAUCUACAAAACCAUCCUCUUCACUACCCAGGGGAAGGUCGAGCUAUCUCGGCUUCGGUCCUGACGAAUGGGCCGAUAUGUUGACCCCAAGAAUCCAUGGCUCUCAACACCUCUCCUUCAAUACUCCCAAGGGGAUGGUGAGCGGGCGGAAGCUGGAAUUGGUCAUCGACGCCUUGGCCAUCAUCGGACACCCCGUCCUCGUCAACCAAAAACCUACCACUAGUCACACCAAUCCCGAGCGCUCGAUGGAGAGAGGUCGGACGAGAACCAGGUCAGGUGAAAAGGACGUGACGAGCUCCCCGCCGGAUUCUCCCAAGAAAUCAUCGAGCUCCCAGUCCCCCUUCUUGAAUCCAACCCUUCCCAAUCAAACUUCUGCUCCCCUCCCCUCCUCCUCCUCCUCCUCCGACCCAACUAUCUCAACCAACGACGGCCUGGUUCUCAGUACACUCGACCUCAACGAUCCACCCGCCACCCUCCCAAACUCCUCCUCCUCUCCCUGCAAGCCGCCCCUCCCGGCGCCUAUAUCCCAGUUAACGAGGAUGAUGACUCCUUCGAUCACCCCGCUCGACACCUCCUCCGCCUCUUCCACCAAGACCCGGGUCUUCUUACACCCCCGAUCCUCAACUCGAAGCAGUUCCAGUCCAUCGCCCGUGACUCUGCCGGCCCGAUUUAAUAUCCGAGAUCGCUACAAUCCCAUCCCGUAUUCACCCAUGUGUGGCUUCCUGACGACGGCUCCUACGGUGACGGUUGAUGAGACACAGCAAGCCAAUGUGAUCCCACCAGCUCGAUCUACUCAGUUGGUACCACUGCAGUCAUUCACCCUUGCCUUGAUAAUCGAUACCCCACCUGCCUCUCAUCUUUCACAACACCUCGAAGUUUACUACAGGGAUGUGGUGCUGAAGCUGACAGCAGCCCUGAAGCAUUUAGAACGUGAGAGCUCCUACCUCACCAGGGAAGUCCAACUGAUCAUGCGCAAACUAUCCGAACGAAGAAGCUCAUAUUCAAGCCGGAGUGCUAGCCAAAAAAAGCAGCCUGAGAUCGAAGAUUGCAUGGAGUUUGUCGAGCAGAGUUCGGAUCUUACCCGGGCUCUGGCACGAAUCUUUGAGGACCUCAAGACGCUCGGCAGUACGAGUAUCACCCUCGACCAUCAGCUCGACCUCGACCUCCUUCUUCAUCGCGAGUUAUUGGAUAGCAAUUCGGUCCCUGAGAAUUGGUUGUUGGCCAAUAGCGUCAAAACUCCCUCGCCCGAAACCGGCGAUCAGGAUCGGUUCGCUCAUUUGGAAUCUUGGAAGAGUCUGUUGCUGCUCGAAGAUCCCCAAGUCUUGAUCGAACAAACUGCACCUGGAAGUCUCCUUCGCGACUUUAUCGCCAUCAUCAAGCCCGCCUUGACGCUUUCUGAGUAUAAGUUCUUGCUGGACACUGAUUCCAACACGAUCGCGGAGAUGACGGAUCAUUUACUGUAUUGGAGGAAGGCCAAGUUGACGGACAUGAUUACCCUGCGGAAUUCGUAUCAGCUAACCUGUCCGGCGCAAACUGAGCCAUCGGCCAUUUCUCCCGAUCGACUACCGAUCUCGGAGCUCCAGCAGGAAUUUUCGGCGACGUUUCCAAACCUACCUCACCUGGUGAUGAUCCUCUCAUCGAUUAGCCAACGCUCCCGGCAGCCCUUUUCGAGCAUCCUACCCCACCUGGCCCCGAACCUAGAAAAAUCAGAGUCGAUGGCCGUACUGGUGUGGUUAUUGAAGCGGGACUUGCUGCUGAGGGAGCGGACACACGUGCGGAUCAAGAUCGACCGACAAACUAAGAUGAAUGUCGCCCUUUGGGAGCAAGAGCAAAAGCAACAGAAGGGGAGCGAGGAUUACAAUGAGGAGAUUGACGAGCAAAGCUCGCUUUCUCCCGGUUCUCAGACGACGCGCAAUCGAGCCCAUCCAAGCAAUCCCCAGACCACCCCGCAGGUCUCCACCUCUCUACCGACUGAUAGUCGCUACCAGUCGCUCUCAGGAUCGGCGUCUAAGCAGAUGAGUUCUGAUGUGAACCGGCCGGAGUCGGUGACCAUGCAGAGUGUACCACAGGAAGGAAUGUUAUCCGAGCGACCAUCGACCACACGCAAUCUCAGUUCGGUGUCGGAUGGCCAGAGCCGAAAUUCCCGGUUGAUCCAGUCGGUCCAGCCGAGCUCAUUGAGCUCGAUCACGAGCUCGGACGAGUUCGGUCGGGAGGAUCGUCGUCGACUCCGGCAACAAUCCGUCCAGUCGGACUUCUCAACCCUCAGCGAAUCUCAUCCCCGCGAGAUCGGCUCCGAUGGGACGGCGCCCACUGGCCUCAUCCUUCUCCCCCAUAAGGUCGACCUCCUCGCCGAUAGCAUCAUCGGUCAUCCCGGUCAAGCUACCGCCAUCGAACAGAAAUGGUUGGACGAGAUUUGCGCUGAUAAAACUGACGCUCAGAUUCGCGCUUUCAACUCGUUGAGUCUCUUCCCUUCCCUCUUGUUGAUCUUAUCUUAUCUUAUCCUUCUUAUUUUUCUUUGA